AGCAAUAUUAAUUAAUAUUACUACUACUGAUAGCAAUAAGAAUUGAAAAGGCCUCUGUGUCUGUAGCAGAUAGCAAAAGAAACAGGCGGUCUCAGCAGACCAUACAGAGUUGUUUAUUUUUCCAUAUUUACCCAGGGUGGCGAAUCAAUGCUAACUUUGUCCACUUUGCUUUGCGUUGACUCCCUCCCUCUCCCUGGGUUUCACAGUGAGCUGGCUGCCCCAGGGAAGGGGUCAUGGACUGUUACUGACACUGGCAGCAGCAACAAAGCCCUGCACAGCCGUGUGACCCGAUGAGACAGCAGGGGAAGUCAGGAUUGGACAGGAGAAUGGAGGCCCUGGGUCCCCAGACUAAGAAGGCCCCAAAGAAUUUAGUGGAGUGGCGGAAGAGGGUGAAGUCUGAGUACAUGCGUCUUCGACAGCUCAAACGCUUCAGGAAAGCUGAGAAAAUAAAAUCACAGUUCCUGGCUAAUCGCAACCAGAUCAAGGAUAAGACAGAGCUGUUGAAUGAAGAGUGGAAGAAACUAAGGAUUCAGCCCAUCCCUGCCACCCCCUCCAUAGGCCAGCACGGUACCAAAAAGUGCGUAGUGGAAUAUGGCUUUCCUGAAUUCAAGAGCCAAACCAUUGUCAUGAGGACCUUAAACACAGUGGCAGGGAUCCCCUUUAUGCAUUCCUGGUCUCCCUUGCAGCAGAACUUCAUGGUGGAGGAUGAAACCUUCCUGCACAAUAUUCCAUACAUGGGGGAUGAGGUGUUAGAACAAGACGAGGCCUUUCUUGAAGAGCUUAUUGAUAACUAUGACGGUGUGCAUGGGGACAGAGAGGGCAGGUUCAUUAACGAUGAGAUCUUCGUGGAGCUGGUGGACGCACUGAGCAAGUACGUGGAUGAGGAAGGGGAGGAGAAGGAAGAAGGAGAAGAGGGGGAUGAAGAGGAGGUGGAGGAGGAAGAGGAGGGAGAGGAGGGAGAGACAGGGACUGUGAAGGAGGAGCCUCAAUCUGAGGAGACACCCAUCAUCGGGGGGAAGAGGAAGACCAUCACAGAGGGAAGUGAACAGCCGCCACCCAAGAGGAUUCCACAUGGCAAGAUCUUCAAAGCUAUCGCCUCUAUGUUUCCAGACAAAGGGACCACUGAAGAGCUAAAGGAAAAGUACAAGGAGCUGACGGAGCCCCCCAGUCCCAUCAAACUGCCGCCCCAGUGCACCCCCAACAUGGACGGGCCUGGAGCCAAGUCAGUGCAGAGAGAGCAGUCCCUGCACUCCUUCCACACCCUCUUCUGCAGACGAUGCUUCAAAUACGACUGCUUCCUCCACCCAUUCCAUUCCACUCCAAAUGUCUACAAAAGGAAAAUCAAAGAGAUUCGUAUUGAAACAGAGCCAUGUGGGCUGGACUGCUUUAUGCUGCUGAAAGGAGCCAAGGAGUUUGCGGAUCAGAAUAUGGUGAAAUCUCAGCGUUCACGGCGGCGACGCAGACGGCACAGGCAGGCCAGCUCCAGCUGUCCUAGCUCGUCCACUUCCACCUCUGGAGAAGGCAAGGAAGGAGACAGCGACCGCGAGACCACCAGCUCCUCGGAGGGGAACUCUCGCUGCCAGACUCCGAUCAAGCUGAAACAGAGUUCUGAGCAGCCGGACAGCAUUGAGGCAGUCCAGUGGAACGGAGCAGAGGAGUCUCUUUUCAGAGUGCUGCAUGGCACUUACUACAACAACUUCUGCUCCAUAGCCAGGCUCAUCGGCACCAAGACCUGCAGACAGGUGUAUGAUUUUGCUGUGAAAGAGGCGCUUAUACUUCGAUUGCCCGUGGAAGACAGGGGACUUAUAUCGCCACAGAAGAAGAAAAGAAAACACAGGUUGUGGGCAGCACACUGCAGGAAGAUUCAGCUCAAGAAAGAUAAUUCAUCCAAUCAGGUGUACAACUACCAACCGUGUGACCACCCGGAGCACCCAUGUGACAGCUCCUGUCCCUGUGUGAUGACGCAGAACUUCUGUGAAAAGUUUUGCCAGUGUAACCCCGAAUGUCAGAACCGUUUCCCUGGCUGUCGCUGUAAGACCCAGUGCAACACCAAGCAGUGCCCGUGCUACCUGGCAGUGCGAGAGUGUGACCCGGACCUCUGCCAGACCUGUGGGGCAGCCGACCACUGGGACAGCAAGAACGUGUCCUGCAAGAACUGCAGCAUCCAGCGCGGCCUCAAGAAGCACCUGUUGCUAGCGCCUUCCGAUGUCGCAGGAUGGGGCACCUUCAUCAAAGAUCCAGUCCAAAAGAACGAGUUCAUCUCCGAGUACUGCGGAGAGCUGAUCUCCCAGGAUGAGGCUGAUCGGCGCGGGAGGAUCUACGAUAAAUACCUGUCCAGCUUCCUGUUCAAUCUCAAUAAUGACUUCGUUGUUGACGCAACUCGCAAAGGAAACAAAAUCCGUUUUGCAAAUCACUCCGUCAACCCGAACUGCUAUGCUAAAGUUGUGAUGGUGAAUGGAGACCAUCGGAUAGGGAUAUUUGCCAAAAGAGCCAUACAGAAGGGCGAAGAGCUGUUUUUUGACUACAGGCGGAAAAGUGGAGGUAUCUCAAACUCAGGCUUUGUUUAAAAGAAGUACUGGGGAAAGAAAUGCAUCCGCCUGGCAGACUCUCUCUGUACAGUCAGGCAGACGCACUAAAGUACGUUGGGAUUGAGCGGGAGAUAGAUGUCAUGUAAUUGGUUGUAUAAUGCUUUUUGUGCACUUAGCUCUUGAUCUUUGGAAAUUAUGCUGUGUCUGGCAGUAAUAGGUGAGGUUGCUCAAGUUGGGUUCAACCAGAGUGACGGAUGCAGAUCAGGGUUUUUGAUUUUUUUUGGAACAGGGAGGCAGUCUGUAAUUUCCAAUUUCAUAUUGUCCACUUGACCACGUCAGGCGUCUAGCAGUUCACACGCGCUGCUUAGAUAAUGUUAAGAACCAAAGGGCAUUUUUUGGUGGAUCAAGGUACAAAAUACAAUUUUAUGGUUUACGAAAUAUCCGCAAACGGUAGAUACUUGACAUCCCUUUUGGCUUACAAUACGUCUGUUGACUCAUUUGAGUCAACUGGGUUACUUUAAUGUAUAGCUGAUUCCUAAUUUCUAUUAAAGGCCAUGGGUAUCACCCUUAAGGUUUGCUUGUAAGGCAAAAAUAAUUAACAAGCUUAAAAUACCUUCACAAGAUUAUGAAGCAAACUGCCAUAAAACAUUUAAGAGUUUAUUUAAAACAGCAAGUCUUUCUGUCUGGACCCAACUAUACUAACCUAUAUCUGUACCCCUAACUGACGAGCACUUAGCCUGCCUAUUGCCAAAGGUUUGUGUACAUUUCUUUCAUGUGUCUCAAAGCUCACAUUGGGGUUGGCGUAGGCCAGGAACCUCAGCAGAUCAGUACUGACUGCUGUGUUUCUUCAUGGGGAUAAACCCCAAUACAUUGUCACUGAAUAUCCCAGUAGCAAUCCUUAUACAGUGAUACACAGUAGAGCUUUUAACGGUACAAAAGUUACGCGUUGUUGUCUAGAGUGUGUUUGUGAAACCGCAAUAGAUUUCCUACAAGGAAGAGCAACCGUAUAUGAAAACCGACAAAAUGAAUGUGUGCUUUCUUUAAAGACUCAUGAACGUGCAGGAAGGGCUGCAAUAAGAGUGCUUUAUCAAUGCAUAGUGCCAUAGCAAAGUGUGUAUUACAAGCUGUCCAAUUCUGUUCAUUACAUGAUCACUGAAGCUCCAUUUAGCCACUAAUCAGGUAUUGAUAUUUGCCAACUAAAUAUACACUCAAGCUGUAGAAGAGCAUUAGUAGUUGAGGUUCCAAUCAUGUCACAAAUGAGAUUCCAGUAGUUUGAUGGUCUUAGCCUUCAGUAGGCCGUAUUCCCAAGACCACCAUAGGCAGUCUCACAAAGGCAUGGAUAAUGCCUGGCUUCCUCCGUUGGCAACUGGUUCUUUCCAGUCCAGUGGUGCUCAACUCUGGCCCUCGAGAUCUAUUCCAGUCCUGGUCUUUAUUCCAACCAGGUCCUAAAUUAGUGAACUCUCUUAGCAGCUUCAGUUAACUCCAUUAGAACCUGCUUGGAGUAAAAACCUGGACUGGAUUGCAUCUCGAGGGCCAGAGUUGAGUACCACUCUUCCAGUCCAUAGCUGGCUUAAAGCGAUUGUAGCAAGCAAAAUAAUUCCUUAACCCUGUUGUGCUCCUCCAUCCACUGUAUAGGUCUGUGCAGUUUGGAAAGAACAACAUAUUAUAGUAAACAUGUAUUUUUAUUUUUACCUUUGUGUGCAUGGCGACCUCACCUGGGGGCGGAUACAAAAACAACUGUCUCCUAGUCUUUAUAUGGGGACAUAUGGAAGACGCAAAUGCAUGAUAACCUCAUAUGAGAAUGCCUUUUUUUCUCCCCCAUAUAAAGCAAUGGAAAGAUUUUGUAUCCAAAACCACUUUUUUUCAGCUAUUUAAAAAAUAUAGUUCAUGCACGAAAGGGUUAAGACAUGAGGUUGAUAUCUGGCAUUGCAUUCGGUGAAAGGUGGCAUGCUGUGCUUUCAGAUAGUGUUGGACUUCCUUGGUCACCUGGAGGGUGGAAUUGAUCCCAGCCCUUCAACGGCUUCUGUCAUUAGCCAAUCACCUGCUUCCCUUAUUGACUGACAUGCUUUCAGCCAAUAACGCUAUUUUGUAAGCUACAAUCAUUUUCAAGGCAUGUGGAGUUUAUAUUGUCUGUGCCUGUGCUUCCCUUGCUUUAAAAUAAAUAGAGAGGAUUUUAGGCUGCAGUACUGCCAUCCCUGAUUACAUUAAGUCAUCAUAGUAGCUAAACUUCAGCUAGUCAGGUAUGCACACAUCACAAUUUAAGAGAACUAUACUUAAUGUGCUUUAAAUAUAUGUUGCUGAAAAACAUCAAUGUUGCUGAAUGUGUACUGAAAUAACAGCAGAAAAAAAUACAUAUGCUUAAUGACCCUUAUAUCCCGGUGAUACAGUAAUAUCAAGUAUAUUGCAAUGUUAUCCAAAGUGUUGUGAGAUAUAUUUGGAAUAUAUAAUUCAGUCAUUUUUGCAAAAUGUAUUUUCCAUUUAAAGCUGCCAUUAGGUUUGCCUUUAAGUUAAAGUAAGCAAAUAUGUAUACAUAUUUUAAAUAUGAAAUGUAUAUAUUAUUUAAAGGUAUAUUAACAUGUUUAAGUUGUCCUGAGUUACUGAAUAUUAUACGAUUAAAACCAUGCAGUUUAAAUGUAAGCCAAACAGAGUUUUGUCGAAAUUAUUUAACUUACUGGAAGGAACAAGGUAAAAGAUACUUCACAUUAAUGUACAAUACAUUCAUUUGCUGUCAUUGACCCAUUAAGUAGCAAUUUUUUUUUUCUUUGAAAAAAUCUGCACACAUCUUUUAGAAGUGUAAAAUGUGUAAACAUUUACAACAUAUAUAUUCCCAGCGUCCUAUUUUGAGGACAGUCAAGUUUGAUAUGCCUGUAAUCAGAGCAGUGAAAUUUCACGCCAGCUUUGAAGGUCAACACAUAGAAAAUUGAGCUUUAUCGUCACCGUGGGGAGGAAAACACCAGGAAAUUUAUCAUUUUUAUGCUUUGGGUUCUUAUUUUAUAUUGAGACGUCAUAAAAGCAUCUGAAGGGCUAUUAACAGUUACAUUUAGACUUCACUUUUGCAGUAAACACAAUUAGGGUAAGUUAUCAUAAAAAUAUAGUUGAAAAGAAAAUUAAAAUGACAGGUAGAUGCUCUAAAAAUGCUCUAAAAAAAUUACAAAGUAGCCUGUCCUCAAAUUAGCACAAUGGCACUUAAUGUCCUUAUAAGCAGAUGCACCUGCUUUGUUUUUUUACACUGUAAAUGCUACUUUUUUCAUGGUUAACCAUGUUUUUUUUACAUUGCUAUACCAUACUUAUGUGUGAUUUUUACAUGCUUUAACUGUGCUUGACGACAUUUAUUCUCUGCAACAUUUGUAAGGGGCUGUCACAUCUUAUUAGAUUUUAAUUGAACUUGCAUGUAUGUUUUUUUUUUUUUUUAAAAACAAGUUAUGGACCUCCAGUCUUACAUAAAGUGAACGAAUGUGAUGGCUCCAGUUUAUACAGCAUUCCAGGUCAAGACAUGUUCUCUGGUAAAGCACAAAACCCAAGGCCUUUUCAUUUUUUAAAUAACACAAGUCCUGUAAUCUACUGUUAGUAAUGGUGUUUUACUAACACAACCCAUCUUCAAACCAUGUUGUGAUAGUACACAUGCUAAUGUAAGAGUAAAGGUAUAUCUUCCAAAGCUGAUGGGUUUUCAUGCAUAUUAUUAUUUGUUUAUUUAGCAGACGCCUUUAUCCAAGGCGACUUAAAGAGACUAGGGUGUGUGAACUAUGCAUCAGCUGCAGUCACUUAUAAUUACGUCUCACCCGAAAGACGGAGCACAAGGAGGUUAAGUGACUUGCUCAGGGUCACCCAAUGAGUCAGUGGCUGAGGUGGGAUUUGAACCGGGGACCUCCUGGUUACAAGCCCUUUUCUUUAACCACUGGACCACACAGCCUCCUAUCACCGUUAGUGCACACUACCCAACUUACAGUCUUUGUAAUAACUGCAUAUUGUGAUUUGCAAACAAAAAUUAGCCUUAUUGUCCAAAGUGACUCAAGAAACUGCUUUUUCACAGCUAGCUUUGAGUUCCAUGUCUUCAGCUAUCAAAACGCAGUGUAAAGUCACUCUGAAGCCUGCUUCAGACAGGCGUGCCAUUCAAAGGUUCACUCUUCAUCUCUCCCAGUGUCAGUCAGCACACACAACGUGCAAAUCCAGUGUGACGCUAUCAGCGUUUGUAAUGUAAUGUGGUUCUCUGUAACUUAUUUGUAAAUUUCCUGUAUUCAUUAAAAGGAAAGCAUUCACCUUG